AAUAGGGUAGGGAAAAUCGCAAUCAAUUUUUCUGGAAGUACCUCCCUGGGAUAAUUGCAAAUAUUGCACUAAUGCCGUGGAAUAAAUGAGGAUGUCAUUAGCCUGAGAGACACUAUGCACAUGUUUUUAGUUUAUGAGGAUUGACGUUUUAAUGACAGUCUAAGCUCUGGACACACACUGCAACAAAGCGUACAAUUUCUAAAUUGCAGCCCUGAUUGUCCAUCUCUAAAACUGUCAUGCGCAAUGUUGCGGGCAAUUUUGCAGACUUCUACAACAUUGCAAAGAGAAUUUGUUCCCAACUGCGUAAUAUAACUGCGAUACAACUGAUUUCCUGCCUUUUAAUAAAUGGUUAUCUAUUCCUAGGUCUCUAGCCCGCAGAACACUGCUGAAAAUGCUGCGCGCAAUUUGCUCAAUUUGUUAUUUUCCGGACCUUUGGCAUCCUCGACUCAAAUAGGAAUGAUUCGCUAUAGGGACCAUGCAUUCAUGCUCCAAGGCUAAGCGAAAAGCCGAAAUGAACGGGUGUGGGGUUCUGAAAUAAAACUGAUUGCUCGCUUGAGACAUAAGCGUCCAAGAGCUUUCAAAGCAAUCAAGCGUUCAGAUCUUAGUCCACUUUUGAGCAGCGGCGCGCGCAUGACAAUUACAUUCACGGAAACAAAAUGGCGGCUGCAGUGGAAGCAAGAACCUGUGGAUCGUGUUGUCUCAAACUAAAGGAACUUGUCAACAGUUACGAAGAAGAAUUGGGACUGAAAGGAAAGGAAUUUGAUGGCACAAAGAUUCAUGCCUUUGGGUCGUUGAACUUCUACUUGGAACACAGCAAGUUUACUGACUUAUUGAACAGUAUCAGGUCAAAGUGUGAAAGCUGUGCAACCUGGCCUGACCCUGCUAAAGCCAUCAAAGCUUCUCUGGAAAGGCAGCAGCAGGUUGAAAAUCUUGCCCCUGUGAAAAAUUAUAUCUCAGAAUGUUUGGAUAAACUACAGAGUGCGAUGAGAGAGAAGUCAACAAAAGUUGUUGCACAGAGACUUGAAGCUAUUACAAGAAAAGUUGGGUUGAAGUUCAUUGAAAGUGGACGAGAUUGCUUUAUUAAUUCAGACAUGUUUUAUGUUGAGGUUCGUAUGGACACUGAUGGAACAGUUUCUGAAGUGAAAGUCGCUCAUACAGGUGAUCCUGAGAGUUGUCCUGAGUUAACAAGAGUUCUAAGGGAGGGAGAUUAUGAUGAAUUUUUAUGCCAUUUACAAGGAUUAUGUGACCUGUACCAAUUAUCUCGUGACACGUUUCAAAAACCAAAGAUCCUUGCAGCUCUCAAAGCAGUGGAAACUGAUAUCAAUACGAUGGCAACAUUCUUUGGAACAGACAUCAGCUCAACAGAAGCAAUUACACAAUGCCCAGUUGGGUUUGUCACUCCACGACAGGGAGGUCGUCGAAUGCGCCUUGCAUAUUUUGCAUCUCCUUAUGAACUAUUGGAUGUUAAAAGACCUGGGCAGGAUCGCCAUUUUACUAGAGAAGACCCCCCACCUCGAGACUUUGGUUACCAAGUGAGUGUUUCCCUGGAACAGUCACAAAAGUCUUCACUGCCCAUCAGCCCUCUUAUUGUAGAGCCUGUGAAUUAUGGCAUGCUGGGACUGAGCUCAAGUGUCAAGUAUCAGCCACUAAAUGACAACAACAGUGAGGAGUUCCAUGCAUCGUUUGUGCUAGAGCUUUGUAAGCCAUUGCCAGCUGCAGUGGAGGUUGUACACAAGAUUUAUGAAGUUCUUAAUAAAGCAGGCACUUUCACUCAUUCGUCACGAGUACCAAUCGACAGCCUUAUAAUAAGAGAGUGGUUAAAAGAAAAAGGCGUUUCAUCUGGUGAACACGGAAAUACGUAUUACGCGAGUUUACCACAGCAUUACCAUGUGUACCACGUGACUGAAAACCAAUCUACAGCUGAGGAGCUCGUGCAGCCUUCUGGGAUGGGACUGUUGCUGUUCAGGAUAGGCUUUACACACCCCAGUCAAAUCCCGGAUAUAAUACCGUUACUUCGAAGGCAAGCAAUGUUCAACACGUUAUUAACGAGUGCGCUAAGAAGCCACAAGCCUCUCAAGAAGAAACCUAAUAGCGAGGAGUUCCUUUUUGAGCUGAGAGCAUCAGAACCAUUCACUUUAACAGUGACCUUUGAACAUCCGUGUACAUCCAGCAUGGCUUCCAUUGAUUUUUUCGUCUCUGAAGAUCUUACCGUAAAAGCUACUCUGACCACAGUGCCUGGAAAACCUCUCUUUUGCUCCAAUGAUUACAUCUCCAGAGUGACUCAGAGGUGUCUAUCAAUCCCAGCUGCAAUGCGUUGCAUCAUAAGAAAAGCGCAAAGCGUCAAAUUAGAGGAACUUCCGGUCAAGGCCAGUGAAGAACUUCCGCUUCCCUUGGGCACAGGGCAACCAGCUGCCAAACUAGCAAGCCUGUCACUCCCUCCCAGUGCCGCGCUGUUCGGUGCGGCCGUGGGGACUCCAUCGAAUCCGAACACGCCCGUUUUCCUGGGCACGUCACCAUCGUUCACGGCUUUUACUCUCGAGACGCCAUCUCCUACGUUCAGCGCGUUUCCGUUUUCUUCCAUAUCGCCGACGUUUUCUUUCUCCACGGCUGAGGUAGCGGCUGCUGCGGCAGAUGCUCCCUCGAUGGCCGCCAAACAGCCCGAGAAGAAGUCCGACUCCACAAAAACGCCGAACUUGAAAAUCACACUCAAGCGUAAACGUGAUGAUGAAUACGUCAUUCAGAACUUUCAACUGCCAGAGGAGGUCCCUAAGAGCGGAGGGAACUUAACAGGCAGCCAAGCUACGUCUAAAAACAAAGACACAGUGAUCUCAGAUUCUAUCGAAGGAGAUAACUUUUCGUUUGAUCUCGCGGCCGUUUCAGGGACAAACUUCGUCAUGGGAACAUCAUUCCCUGACGUAACAGCUGGGCUAGAUGGGUCAGCAGUGGUUUCUUCAGGCAGUGCUUCAGCUGGUCAACACGUCGCUAUGGCGAGCUCUGACUCUAUAGCAGCUGCGAGCGGGUUAGGGAUCGUUCCCGCGGGAAUCGAGGGAUUACCCUCGACUGCCGAUUUGUUCGACGCUGACGGCACGGAUUUGGAAGGAAUUCUUCAGAAUCUAUCUGGAGCUUCUCACCUCCCCCCUGGAAUUGUAUCAGGCAGCUCGGCUUUGGAUUUUGAUACAGGAUUAGGUCCUGGAGUCCCUGGACUUGAUGUGACGGAUCCAAAUUUUGACAUUGAUGCGGCCAUCGAUGCGAGUGCUGCUGCUGACCCAAGUAUUGCAGGCACUGCAGGUACCUUUGACGUCGACGCCACGCUGGACUUUGACCUCGAUCACAUUGCCGGGGUGCGGGGUCUUCCUCCUGACGUCACGGGCACGGCAAAUCUACUGGCCGUUAGUGGACUGGGUGACGGAACUGUUGACAUCGACAUGCCUGGAACAUCUCAAUCAAAAAUGUAAACUGCGCGUGACUUCAAGUUGGCUAUUGCGUGACUCAGAUGUCGUGAACAAUUUUCGUGACAGUCACGCUUCGUGAGAUUUAGAGGCUCCCUUCCAAAGGGAGGUAAAUAGUAGUCUCCUCCGCAGCCGUUUUUUUAGGAUGUCACGCAACUCUUCCCCCCCCCCCCCCCCCNCAAGAAACGGUUACUUUGGGGGGACUGUUGCGUGACAUCCCAAAAACGGCUGCGGCUAGAGGUGCUCUGUCACUUUAAAAUGAUUCAAAGCACGGUCGGAUUUUGGGUCAAGAAGUCACGACGGAAAAAACAGGGUUCGUACGGGUCCUAGAAAACCUGGAAAGUCCUGGAAUUUUAUUGUGGCAUUUUCCAGGACUGGAAA